GGCGUGUGAAGGCCGAUAUUUUCGAACCCGGUCGCGAUCGCGGUUGGUUUGUUUUGUUGUUUCCUCCGAAAGACGGCGGCGCGUCACGUAGUUCAGUGGAUAGUCUUCGUAGAUGUUCCCUGGGGAGAGUUUUCGUCCCCUUCUUCGUGUCGAGCGAGCUUUGUGGAGAGUAGCGAUCCCGCUAUUGAACCUAGUUGGGUACACUUGAAGUUCACGGAUGUUGUGUGCAUUGGCGCAAUUUGUGUCACCCGAAUUCAGUGAGCUGUAGCAUUGAUCUAACGGAUAAAGUCGUAGUGAAAACACACGGAGUGAAAAAGUGUUUUAAUGCUCAUUUAAGGCAUUGUUCUAAUUCAAAGUUCUUAAACGUCAAGAAAGAAGAUAUGACAAAAUAAGGUAGCGAAAUUAACGUCCACGCAAACUUACUCCCGAGAAUUUCAACUGGUAGUUUACGCUUUUUUCCUGUUGCUUUGCAGUCAUAAACACAGUGCAUCAACGGAUAAUCUACAGAUUCAACGAUUGUGGUGGCUUGGUGGCUUCAAAAGUGUGACUAGUCCGUUUCCUUCUGUCUGUCAGCUACUGCACAAAUACUUUGCCGGAGUUUUAUUUCUCAAAUCAUCGUACCUUCCCGCGAUUGAUGUAGCCGGUAAGGCAUAAAAAGCUGGAAUGCCAAGUGUCGUCUCUGGGAAUGGUGCAGUGGAAAAGAAAAAAAUGAAAAAGAUUUUCAAACCAUCACAACCCGUCAAGCGCUCUUCCAAGUAGUGAUGAAAAAGUGAAAAAGCGUCCAGAAGCGAAAAGUCAAGAAGUCAAAGCUAAGGUUUGUGACGGCAUCAACAUUCCAAAGAAAGAAAGAAAGAAAAAAAAGUUUUCCGCCAACGAGAAACAGAAGAAAAUGAUUUGAAUAUUGCGAGAGCGUGCUAGCUAGUGAAUUGCACAAAAAUAAGAAGUGCUAGCUACAGCGCAAAGUGACACAGAUCAAAAAAGAUCAAGCGCAACGCUGCACGAUUCCAGCAAAUCGGGAGCGGAGAAGCCAGAGGAAAAACCCCGAAAAGAUCGCAUUAUCUUACCGAACCGGGUCAACUUCGAAUGAAAGCGAAAACACAUCAUCGGCUGAUUGAUCAAAACCGCGUCUACGGCCUUUGCUCCGAAAAAAAAGAAACCCAAAGAAGAAGAGUGCUCGAGCAGGAGAUCAACGUCACGCUGACCGAAAGUUUGCCAAUUAAUCAAUCAAUCAAUCAAACGAUCCACGCUACUGGUUUGAAUCUGAUACGUUGCUCCGUUGAGUUGACGGUCGCCAGUGAAGUUGGUGAAGCUUUUUACUCACUUUCUUUGAAUUAACUGGGUAAAAAGAAGUAGCGGCAACCAAAAAAAAAAGUGAUUCACCCGAAACAGUCGAAAAAUCAUAAAAAUCGCCAUCAUCAUCUUCAUCGAACAUGUGGUCAAUGCCAUCGUCGUCUAGCAGCAGCAGGGGAGGAAAAAGUGCACAUCUGAAGAGCCUAGCCUAGAGAGUGGCUAUUACUUACUAGCAGGCAGCAGCAGUGAAAGUGAAACUUUUGUUUUUCCCGCCGUAGCAGUGGCACUUAGUGAAUUUCAAGUUUUUUUUUUUGGUUUAAUAGCAUGAAUUUUACAAAAACGCCAUGAAUAUGGGAUGGCAAAGGCUUUCGGUGAAAAAUUGCCCUCACAAAAUGGGUCUUACGCGAAGUGAGCGCGGGCUUUUGGCCUAAAAUUUAUGCACCUUUUUCGAGGGGAUAGCCCGGAUCACUAGUUAGUAGUUGGAAGUGCGGUCGAUUUCGCUGCCCAGUUGAAGAGAAAAAAAAAUCACAUCCCGAACUCGAUCCCAUUUAUCAUCGCGGAAGCAACUAUUUUCGGUGGGAAACUUAUUCAAAAACUGUGCCCGCGUACAAAUCGGGGAGCCCCUGGUGUUCUGCAACACGAGAGAACCAUUCCAGCCGGGUACCUUCAAACCCUCAUAAGUUAGCUGCCAACCAGCUAGCCAUCCAGAUUCGGAUCUUUUUUGUAUAUCCCAGUUCCCAGUGUUCCUAGUGAAUAUUUGCCAAGCAGAAACAAAAAAAAAAUAGGAAAAAUGGAAUCCAUCUACGGGGGAACCAACAAAAAGUAUCUGCAGAGUCUGACCGCAGGAAGUGACUUUUACAGAUGUCCCAGCACAAUUAGACCGAUGGUCAGCUCAUCUCCAACAUCAUACCACAGAAAACACUCUAUAAAUGAUUACUCUUCCUACCACAACACCCUCGGCCGACACUCUACCCUGAUGGGAAGCGUGGGUGGCGGCGGAGGAGGAGGGGGAGGAGGAGGUGGCGGCCCUUACACCCACAUGAGCAAAUACUCGUACCCGACGGAUGUCAGCAUGAGCAGCCACUACGGGUACACGUCCUGGGGCCUCUGGCGCGAUACCCGGAAUCUGUCCUCCUCGAUGUACGGCGUGAAGCAGAAGAAUUUCCGGUCCGUUUCGAUCCUGCUGAUGUCGGCUGCCUUCAUCGUGGUGCUGGCGGUGUUGUGCGUGGCCGGGCUGGCAUUCUACUUCAGUGCCUUCAAGGGAGACCUUAGCGAUUCGAUCCUGGUGUUCGACUGCACCUUCCGGGUGACGCGCGGGGACAUCUACACGACCGGCCUGAGAUCCAAUGGAACUUCCGUUUUCCGGCAGAAGUCGGCCUACUACGAGCGGCUUAUUGGCACGUCCCUGGAGCAGAGCGGCCUCACCGUUUCCCGGACCGACAUCAUGGACUUUGGCGACGGGCCAACGAUUGUGCUAGGCUUUCGGCUUUUUCUGGACAUGCGGAAGAUUAAAAUAACAAUCAACAACGUGGAGGAACACAUACGGCAAGCCGUUUUGAGUGAGCUGGCCAACCCAAGUUCACCCUAUCGGAACAUCCGCGUCGAUCCGGACACCAUCGAGAUCAAACGGCUGUUGGACAAGGACGUACUGAGAACGGCCUUUCUUACACGGGAGGAGAAUUUCCCAGCGCCGCCGGGACUUUCCAUGAAACAAGGCCCAGCACCGGAUGACCGCAGUGGCGUAGGCCCGGCCCGAAAGUCAGGCGUGAUUGAAAAGACCAUCCACAAGUUUACCCCGAAGGUGGGCGGCGGCGGACUUCCAACUUCCACUCCGGUGCCCUCGACGAAUGCCGGCGAUGCCAAGAGGUUCCCCCAGAGCUCGAAUCCGAACCACUCAAACCAGCUGCCAGAUGGUGAAUCUGACAUUGACAUGGAUAAUUUGCCGGUUAUACAAGGAUCAUUUGAGAUAACGAAAACGGAUGCGGAUAUUACCCAGAAGCGGGGCGGGGCAGGUGGGGGUGGUGUCUCGCCGGCAAUUUCAACACUAAAGCCGUUUGCCGUCAGCCCAUCUCAGCUCCGGAUUAGGGGUGGGGACAAGAAAUCCGGCCUGGAGGGUGGCAAGGCCUCUUAUGGAGCCGAGGAAAAAAUGGCAUCAUCGACAAUGGCUUCAACGACGACUGGCAGCAGCAGACCGGUUGGAUUUUUCGGGGGCAAGCCCACGGCCAAGAUUGAAAAAACGGACAAACACGGGGCGACAACGAAAAAAAUUAAAACUAAUUCCUAUGGUACCAGUCGGGGCACGUCCGGAACGACAACGACUACCAGUGUUGGGACAACCCGGAGGACAUCUUCUGGCACCAGCACGACGGUGCCACCAGUAUCCAGGACCAGAUUCUCCAGUACCGUUUCCAGUACCGAGCUGAUGAGUAGCACCUCGACGACCAGCACCACCCCGAGAAUGAUUAUGCCGAACAUACCGGUGGGAGCAGGGGAAUCUUCGAACCCGAUGGUAUUAAAACCUCCCUCGAAUAUCCCAGCAAACGAUGAAGCCACCGAAGAGGAACACCCAUUUGCUGAUCUCCCGAUAAGUGCCGGCAACGAUACCCUGCUGGAAAAUUUCUUACAAGCCAUCAUUAAUGACACCCUUCCGCAGGAGCUGAUGGCCCAGAAACGAAUGGACAGCGAUGAACCCAUUCCAAAAUUGGAUGUCAAUCUGUUCACAAGUGCUCCGAUUUUGGACCACCAACCGUGGAUGCCAAUUCGUCCAACUACGGCCACGCCGACGGGGCCAAAAGGAAUUCCUUUAGUGAAGGUUGUUCCUUUGAAGCCACUUAAAAAGAAACCAACGCUUGCGGAGGAAAUUCUGUUUAGGAGUAAGCAGAGUGAUAUUGAGAGUUCGUUGUUCACCGAGAGUCCGAAUGGUCCGGUUUUUUACCAGAGCUAUACGAAUCCUAGUUUUGGGUCUUCCACUUUGGGGAUUGAACCUUUGGGGGUGGUAGACGUUAAGCCUUAUCCACUUCCGGUUGAUAAGAUCUCGAUGGAUCCGGUGCCGGAAUUUAAGGAGAUGACACCGACAGCGAUCAGUGUAGGGGAAAAGGUUCUUAACAUGUCUUUGGAUAGUCAGAAGUUUGAGCAUUUGGGUGGGGGUGUUAUUGUGAAGAAGACUGAGAACAAGACAACCCCUUAUAGGACAACGACUGAGAGUAUGAAAACUAGUGUUAUCACUGUGACGCCCAUUUAUGUGGGUAGUUCGAGUGAAAAUAUGAUUAAUUCUACUGAUGAGUAUUUGGAGUAUUAUAUAAAUGAUGACGUUAAUGGAACGGAGUCGACCACAAUUGUGGAUGAUUACAAAGAUUCGAUUGAUAAUUCAAUUGGUAUUGAAUCGAGAGUGGAUCCGGAUGAAGAGUAUACAACGGAAUACGGGACUACAUCUGCUCCGGAAGUUUACGAUGUGACCGAUGCAGUUACUGAGAUGGGACUGGACAUGGAGUCAAUCGAAGCUUGGAUCACAUCAUCUAAUGAACCAAUUGAGGAGACUACAACUUAUCCUCCGAGUACAGAGAUGCAAAUGACUAGCACUGAAAUAACGUCUCCGCAGCCCAAAACUACGGAAGCAAGUAAGAAAACGACUUUUGUGGAGGUUGAAACUUUGAAAUAUACUCCUACCACUUCGUCUGCAGCUACUGUUACUGUUCCAGAACUGUUCCCAAUCAAUAGAUGGGAAUAUGUGAAUGGAACAAGAGUGACUCCUGAUAAUCAGUUCACUCGGAAAGUGUUCAACGAAACGCUUCAAGCCUGGAUAGUGGAAAAUGUUCAGCUUUCGACUACAUUGCCAACGGUUAAAAUUGAGGAUCUCAAAAAUAAGCGUAAAAACUCUACCAACAUUCAAAAUUUAUCGGCAAUCUUCGAUACCCUGGCUUCCAAACUAGGAAUCCAGGCGGAAUCCAGCAAAGCUCCUCCUUUCUCAUCCCUUUCGAAGAUCAAGAAUCAGCACAAAAAUCGUCCAAAAACUACCGAGGCUCCAGCUACCAGUCCCCCAACCACUCUUAAACAGAAACGUCGUAAGACCAAACCAACUACUACUACCUCAACCCCAUCUAGUACCUCAAUUUUCCCGGUCAUCUUCGAAACAACUUCCCCGUAUCCAUCCAAGCUAAUUCCCACGGUAACGAAUGAGGACCUCGGAGACAUUGUGCCUGUUAUGCUAUCUCCCACCUCGGAAUUUUCCUCGGAAUUCUACCUUGGCCAGGCCGAGGUGGAAGAAAUCGAUCCCAACAAAUAUGAAGAAAUGCUCCGGCAAGCAUCCUCGACGCUCCGAUCUGUCCCCGAACCUCAGCAGCAAAACAUCAACAUCGUACAAGCAACCACCAGUCAACCUCCGCUAGUAACCCUCCUCCCGGCAAAAUCCAACUCCGGAAUCAAAAACUUCCGGCCCAAAAUUAAACCCCAUCACAACCAUCAGAAGCAGCAGUUGCAGCAGCUAGUGUCGGAACUUAGCAUUCCCAAAGGGUCCGGUGGCGGCGAGGGCCGGAAGUUGGAAGCUAAUAAAGGGGAGGCAGCCGGAAACGUUCUCGCCGUCGUCGACGAUGGCCAAACAAUUGUCACCGCUGGGCCCCCACAAUUGUCCCCGAUUGGAGAAGGUGCCGCCGUUGCCAUUUCCUCUUCCAUCAACCAAAAGCCGGAAGAGCGAAGUGACAAAGGCGAUGACGACAAAAGCGACGACGACUUUAAAAACCAAAAUAAUAAUAAUGGCAGCGGCAACAACAAUAGAAGGAACAAUACCAUGCUGGAAGCGGUCGUUAGGGCCAGCAUGCGCUUCGAAUCGUAAAUGUGAUCGGGUUGUUCUCGGCUGGGCGAGGGACGGAAUCCUGCCGGAAAAACCUUCACCGGGAUGACCACCGGUGUUUUCUGAGGGACAGUAGAAGGCUGCUGAUUGAAUAUUUCUUGAAGAAAAUCAAAGAAGAAUUUUUUUUUCUACAAAUGCACUUAACUGCUUCAAAAGCUAAAAUUUUUGAAACUUUAUCAAAAGCCACGUGUUUAAAUUGUGUUGCGAAUUCGCGCCGGUGUGUAUUCACCUGAAAACAGCCGAAGACCGAAAACACACUAAUACAAAUAGACUUUUCUGCUGGAAAGAAAAAUCUAAAUGGACUAAAUGAAAUUUAAAUAAAAAUUAAAGUUGAAAUUUUAGGGCUGAAUUAUUUUUAAGAACCAGUUUUUAUACAUUUAAAGUAUUUCCAAUGAAAAUUGGCCGUUUAGAAAAAUAAUGCUGUUAUCAGCAUUUUAUGAGUGGCGCGUUUCAUCGAGCGCAUGGGCCAUGAUAAAACAUACCAAUAAAAAGCAUAUUUUAGCGAGUUUAGUGAGAUUUUAGUUUAGAUUCUUCUCUAUCGUUGUAUCAUAAAAUAUUGCCUUAUUCAUUUUUCAUCGCUAAAUGAAACCUUAUUGAAAGUUUCUCAAAACAUACAUCAAAAUAAAGAAAAAAAACUGAAUAGUUAAACUUUCACAAAUCAGGGCAUUUUAAGGAAAAAUUCAUACUUGCCAUGGCAGUACACAACAUUAAAAAUAAAUUGGCAGUAUUUUUCAGGCUUAAAAUGUUAUAGAUUUUUCAAAACCCGAGUGGCGCGUAUUAGCCGCAUGGGGCGUUAUAUGAACUUUCCCCCUACUGGAAUGUUUUGGAAGAGUUCUACACAUUACCGACUGUAGAGUUCAGAGUUUAAAAUUUAACAAUCACCAUCAAACUCAAUUCCGAUCUUUGAUCAAAUUUUUGUUUUGUUUUGAUUAUAGUCGUUUUACCAUUUCUAUGGCUUUUGCAACUUCAAAUCAACGUUGCAGAUCGGCGGACAGUUAUCGAAAUACUUAUCCGGUACAACUUUAAUCAAUGUUUACUCUUGGGUUCAAACUCGCGGACAUCGGCUCAGCGAGCAACUGACUUGCCUACUGAGCUAUAUCACAAGCCCAAUAAUGAAAAUGUUGAUUAAUUAACGAAUAAUUGGUUGUUUAAAAUUGUUAGUGCUUUUGAAAUAUCGACGCAUUUGAAUUAUGUCGAAGGUAAAUCAUAGCACAUCGUUGAAAAGAUUUAUUUUUCGUACCAUCCUCCUUCGAUUUGAAAUUUGAUAAAAAUAAAAAAAUAUCAAAUUUUAUUUGCAAUUAUCUCAUUGGAACCAUUGGAUCAAGACAAACGGGAUAUUGCCGGAAUGUUGUCAAAAUUUCAAAAAUAAAACAGCAAUUUCAUAUAUUUUUUGUUAUUUUUCGCAAAACGUUUACCUACACUUGUUUUGAAUUUUAACACUAAGUUUUUAUUUGGAGACAAUUAUUUGAUUACGAUUUUGGCAUACUUGUACUGUUAAAUUUGCUUGCCUUAAAUGGAACUUAUGAAAACACAACAAAAAAUUUAUCUCUGACCCGAAAAAGCAAAUUUUGGACUGAAGACAGAAUAUAGAAUUAUAUAUUUUAUGUCAAUAUUUUUAAAGAAGAGCUUUGCACAGUUGAGACUCCUUCCAAGAUAAUCGAUAGUCAUUAUUUCAAUUCAAAUUAAUUCCGUUUUUGAAGUGUUGAUUAAGAAAAAAACAGAACGUAAUAUAAGAAAAAGCUUUACUGAGAAUUCUCAGUAUAAAUUAUUGGACGCAAAUUUAAGUUUACUUUGAACAUUGAAUGGCACUAAAAAAAUAAAUCCGUUUGUUUGAACUCAUUGCUUGCUAUCAGAUUUGUUUCUCAUGACUUUUCGCAUUAUUGAAACCCUUGAAUGUCAAAAAUACAACUACAACGACACGACAAUAGAUACUCCAUAAAGUAAAUGGUAAAUUAAGAACAAAAAUUAUGAGAAAACCUAUCAACUUGUUUUAACUCUCAAAAUGAAAUCGGGUUUGAAAUCGUUUUCGGAUAUGCAAGAAAAAAAAAGAAAACUUUAGAUCAAGGAUACCGAAAAAUAUUCUGUGUUUUUAGAAAAAAAAUCUUCUCUGAAUGGCACAAACUAGAAAAAACGACAUAACAUUGAAAAAUAUUACCGGAAUUGAAUAUUUGUCAAUAUUAAAAACAUCCUUACAUAAGAAGUUCAAACUUAGACAUUUUUAUACAGAUAUGACAAUUUAACCUUGGACAUUAUUUAUUUCAAAAUGGAAAUUAAAAUCAUACCUCUUGAUUUUGUGGUUGAUUUCCGAAAAAAAAAUAUUAGCAUGAUUAAUGAAAACAAAAUUCAAAAUUCUCGUUGAAAAAUGCAAGAGCUUUACAGCAAUUUCAACCACUAAACAUAAAAAGUAAAUCUCGUUUUAAACGUUAUAUUUUAUGGAACUGCAACACCAAAUUUCAAGUUUUCUGAUGACCAAGUCCUUCUAUUCUAUUUUUUUUUUUUUCAAAUAAAAUUAUCAAAGCAUGUAAAUGGAGAAUAAUAAAUUGAAAUUUGAUAUCCAAUAAUUUAAUUGUCAUUAAAAAUCAAAUAUAGAAGUUUUCUGUAUCUUUAUUUUUUUUAUCACCAAAAUUAAAAUUUUUGAUGAUUUUUCUUAGAAAUUCGGAAUACAAUUUUUUCAUUUUAAAUAUUGAAUUCAGACUUGCAAGAUAAGUGCCGUAAAAUGGAGGAAUGGGACAAUUUUAUAUCUACUUCCGUAAUAUUUAUGCCAAAUGCUGCUCGUUAAGCACUCGAAUGGUUGUAGAAUAAGAAUGCCAGAUUGCCAUUUUUAAUCCGGGUUCGCCCGGAUAUUUGAUACAACAUUUUGAAACAGUCUGACCCGGCCUGGUUGUCCGGAUUUCAUUCAAAAAACCUGAAUGUUACCCGAAUUUAUUCACUUAGUCAAUUAAACAAAAAAAAAAACAAAUUUUGUUCUAAAAAUAUAACAUUAAUGCCUCCAAAACGAAAUUUUUUGAGCAAGUUUUAUGAAAAUAAUCCUGAAAGGUUUUUUGGAAACCUUAUAAUACGAUGUAAAAUCUAUCAAUAAGUUUUGACGAAAAAAAAUUUGUUUCAAUUUUUUUCUUGAUUUUUGUCGUGUAUUUUCUGGGUUUGACAAAAUAUGCCCGAAUAUCGUCCGGAUUUUUGGUCGUCAAUUUUGAAAUUAAAUGUCCGGAUUUUUUCCAGGAUUUUAGAUAAAAUUGCCCAGAUUUGUCCAGAUCGGCGCAUACUUAAUCAAAUAAAAAAAUCAAGGGUAUUUACUAUCAAUUUUUAAACAUUAACACAUUUCGUUCAUCCCCAAGUGGGCUGAAUAUGGACAGGUAUCUAAUUGAUUAUUGAGAAACUCGUGUAGAUACUUAGAAACUGUUCAGCAACAAAAAUACGUUCAUUUUAGCUUCCCUUAUUUUAAACGCUUAUUAGUGCAUAAUUUUUUGCUUUGCAGAUGUUUUUUGGAUUUUUUACAUCUACAGCACCACUGUUUUUUAUCAUCCACACUUAUAUUCGAUGAUAUGUUGAUGGUAGUGCCUAACUUCAGGGGCAAACAAACUCAAAUAAAAUUCAGAUUUCUAGAUUUCCUGAAAUAGCUCAAAUAGAGUGUCCAAAGUGUCUAGAGUUUGAAAAAUUCCCGAUUCCCAGGAAACAUAGUUUCAUUCCCGGGAAUUCUCUAGAUGUAUGAAAUUAUUUCUCUGGAAAAGUCUUAUAGCCUCCAGCAGAACCAUUCUUAUUGUCCUUUUUUUAAAAAUUAGGCAGUAGGCGUUUUGCAGCUUUUUGGUGCAUUUUUUUUUAUUUAAAUAAAAAAGUUUAAAAAGUUAAAAUGUAUGCAUUUCCAUACCGUUCAUUGACCGAAAACCUAUAAUCCUUCGAAAAAUAUAUGAAAAAUCGCGCAGCAGGUAGGCUGAUUCUGCUUUCUCGAAAGCAACAUUUAUGCUUUUGUUUCCCUCUGGCUUUAAAAGCCAGAUGAAUUUAUAAACUUUAAAUUGAUCAAGACAUCGGAUUUUUCAUAUGAAGAACAAUCAUAUGAAGUGUUCAGAAAAACGAAAAACAAAGUUGGAUAAAUUAAACAAACAACAGGCAUACAGAUUUCCCGAUUCCCGGGAACGGGAAAAUGGCCGAGGAAUGAACACUCUAGACUCAAAGCCUUGUUCCUCUAGGAUCAUUUUAAAAGGUAGUUUUUUUUUCAAUUUUACAUUAUUUUUCACAACCUUGGAGGAUGUUUCACACUGUCAUGGACAUGUAACGGUGACCCCACGAUUAAUGAGCUAAAGAAUGUUUUGUUGUGUCACCGUUCGAAGCAGUUUCUGGUCCUUUCUUCGCCAAAAUCAUGUUUCAAGAAUUUUUCAUCACAUAUCAAAAUUGUAGACAUGGCACAUCACUAUUUGGAGUAAUGUCAAACUUCAUUUGCCAUGGUAUUAAAUUGUGCGAUUUUUGUUUUGCUUCAAAUAACUUUUUUUUAUUAACUCAAGCAACAUAAUAUUAAUUGAAUUUAUAUUUGCUAUUACGCAAUCAGUCAAGUAACGUUUGGUCCUGAAAUAAGAAAAAAAAACUGUGAAUUGCUUGACAUUUGGAUCACAAAAAUUUUUAUCAUUUGUGUACCUUCGUAUCCCUUUUCACCCAACUUCAUAUGCAGUUUACAGAAUGGAAUUUACAGAUCAAUUUUCAAGACUUUAAAUAUUAUUUUUUUUAAACUAACCAUUUAUUCAGAAAUUGAUAGCUGAGUUUAUUUUUUUUCAUUUUGCAAAAUUGAAUUUUC